AUGCACGCAGCCGAGAAUAGCGCCGCAGAAUCCAUGCUGGGCUUAAGCAGGAGUACGGAGGAUGCAGACCCGAGUCGACAUGCGCGAUCUCUUCCACCGCCCACGCAAAACCUCCCGAGCAUCAAGCACCUGCUCGCCCUUGAUCAACCCGGUGAGUUCAGGCAGAGUUAUCCGCGAUGACUGCAGUGGUGUUGCUGGGUGCGAGAGCAGGUCCCCUCGGUGGCUUCUCGUCUUCGAUGCGAACCUCGUGAUGACGCCUUUGGUGUGAAUACAUACUCACCCCCUGCUGUCUCUUCUUUGCAUUAGAGGAUGUCGACUUCAGGUCCCGCUUGGAUGCGUCGCAGCCCGCUUCUGCUGAUCCGGCUUUCCCCGCUUCUGGCCUUUCCGCCGAUCGCGUUCGUGAAGAGAGAUUUCAGCCGCGAUUUGCUUCGCAGGACAAGACGUUGCCCCGCGUUGCACCGCUUGCACCUUGGCCAGACGACCGAUCCGUCGUCAGGGCUCAUCCACAACAGCGCUCACCUGCUCAUCAUGUGGUGACAAUCUCAGACCCGUCGCCGAUGUUUGUGACGCAAGCCCUGCCUAUCGUGGACAGCCCAGCCACACCUCAUCGGCAGAUCAGUCAAGCCGGCGAUCGCUCAAGGAAACGUUUCGGAAACGAUCCUUGCACGCCCGACGGCGGCAUGACCCCUGCAGGUGCCCCGUCAGGCCGUCGACGACAUACUCUAGGUGCGAUGGAUGAGCCUCCUGAUCUUCCAUCUCGUGUCUCCGCAGCGCCAACGCUUGUCGCAACUCACGAUGGCCCUGCUGUGCCGACCCCUCGUCGCGGUCCGUAUGACACUCCCAGGGCAGUGGUCACUGCUGCUGCUACGACACACGGCGACCGAAUGCCCAACCAAAUAGCCUCACCCACGGCCUUCUCCAAUGCGAGGCGUGCCGCUAGCGACGCUCGUGCUGAGCAGCUGCACCGUCAACGCUAUGACAGCGGGUCUCGCGAGCACAUGGGCUAUCCUACGUCGGCUCCACAACUUCCACAUCACCUCGACAGAUCCCGCAUCUCCUCGCUGGAGAGCAAGCCCUCAAGCGUACCCUUUCGCCACCAUCCACAAGGCUACGGCUCGUCCAGCUCUACGUGGAGCUCUUCUCGCUCUGACGUGGUUAGUCCCUUUGGCGGUCCAAGCGGUCUGCAUAGCCGAAGUUCGACACAAGAAAGCUUCGAGCUUCCCGGCAUGCACGCAUCGGUCGGCAAGCAGCCUCCAAACGUGUAUAUGGAAGGGGGCCAAGACAGGCGGCACGACGAGUCGGCCAGCAGAUCCGCAGCAUUGCGACCUCCUGAGCCUGCUAGAGAUGCUCAGCGCGCUCGCCACCAAAGCAUGUGGGCUCCACAAGGCUGGCCUGAAGGUGCAAUGGCGAUGGGCGAAGAUCUCCGCUCAGGCGUACCAAGACCCAGGGCUCAGACCAUGACAACGUCCGGCCGUCCGAUCGCACCUCUGCCCUCCUCAUCGGCUCAUCAACAGCACCGCCUUCCACACACGUCGGCGCAAUUUGAAUUCCCCGAACGCGGCGGCUGGGCGGCCAAUCAAAGCAUGCGCGGGCCUCAAGAACAAGAAUACUCACCUCACCACUCAUCCGCCGAUCCUCCCUUCUCCAUGGAUGUAGACCAUCCACGCACCAUCCCUCGAGGCAUGCAUAGAAGCUACUCACAAGACCUCCGGCACACUGCUCAGAUGCAUUCACACCCUGGGCACGGCGCCGUCGCGGUUCGCCGCCCAGACUCGUCCGGAGGCUUGUCCUCGAGCUCAUCUGCAGGACGAAUGCCCGCGGCUCCCGGCGGUACCAUUGCGCCCGGCACUUUGAAGUACAUGUGCGUGUGGUGCUUCAAGCGCUUCAGCCGUCCCUCUAGUCUACGCAUCCAUGAGCACUCGUGAGUUGGAGUGCGCAACAAGAGGCAGACUUAGCAGACUGAUCAAUGCUCUUUUUCUGUGCGCAGCCAUACUGGCGAGAAGCCGUUCGUGUGCAAGGAAGUUGGAUGUGGAAGAUGCUUUAGCGUGCAUUCCAAUCUGCGUCGGCACCAGAAAGCUCACCAUGCUGCCAGCGAGAAAAAUGGCGACGGUAAGGCUGGCGCUUCACAAAGACCUCCAUCCGCCUCGCAGCACGCGCCUCCCUUCGCUGCACAACAGCAGGGCGUAUACAUGACUAGGCCAGAUGCGGCUCACCGGGUCCAGACCAGUGUCGAGCAAGCGCCCUUCGCUCUCGCGACCCAUCGAGCGCAUCCACCUCUAAGUCGCUCCGCAUAUGAGCAGGGUUCCCGCGCGUCACUUGCCGCACAGCACUGGCCUGGCGCGGCGGGCUAUGGACGGCAGGUGUCCAGCCGCGAGCGCAACCUAUCAGGAUCUUCGGGCGAAGGCGACGAGGACUCCGAUCGUCAGCGAUAUCGUCCUUUGGGCGAGUCUCUCACGCAUUCUGCCAAGCCCACGCCAUCCUUUUCGGCUCCGUUGCCCACGGGCCGCCCUGACCAUCCCAAUCCCGACUCGUCGGUAGCGCCUGCCUUCUUUCCUGCAAGGAUCUCUUCGCGUCCACAAGCUGCGCAAAUGCAACAAACACCUCUCCAAGCUCUGUCGCCCGAAGCCGUCUCUGAUGGCGAGACCGAGACAGCAGCCUCACCUGCUCCAUCAGAUCGCACUCUCACAAGCAGAAGAGAAGCUAGCACGGGUGCAAUGCGCCACAGCUUCGCGACUCUUCUCAAUGACCCUGGUCACUAG